AUGACACCCAUCCAGUGCAGUAUUCGUCAACCGGCUUCUCAGGUUCGGGUUGAACGUAUAAAAGGCAAUAUCUUUGUAAUCAGCUCAAUGAACACCACCCACACCCCAGGUAGUGUAGUUCUCGGCGCCCACCACGAUAUCGACCGUGCGCGCGAGGCACAUGAGGUUAUCCUUGCCCCAUCCGGGGCAGGAGACUCUAUGUAUACUGAAUGGGAGAUCAACAUCAAUGGGGCCGACUCGGAGGGCGUUGAGCUAUACGAAGUGCGUACCCCCUCGGGCCUCGGCAACCUGUUCUGGACUUCUACAGGUGAAGGCGCUUCAGUGGAGGAAGCGAUUGGACUCUCUCGGCCGUGCUCCGAUCCGGAUAAACGUGCAUAUUACCGCACCUACUCGGCUCCGUCGAGCUCCCACUGCGCGCGGCGCAUCGGAAAGAUAUCGAUGCGACAAGUGCUCCAAAAUACCCACACCACCAGCUCCAAUGUCAGAAUUCCAGACAUCACGUUGCGUCACAUUGGCCGCCGGUUUCCUGCGAUGAUUGAAGACGGCUUGUACGAGAUUACUAGCGACACCGUUGGCGCGGGCAUUUUCAUUCGUACUGGUGCUCCAAAAGGCUCCCCGGUUGAAAUUGUCCCAGGCCCACCACCUUCUACUAUCCAAGUCAAGAAUCAGGGAAACAAUAGGUUCAGCUUCGUUCCAACAACCUCCUUCCCUGUCCCUGAUCGACCAGCCAUCGGUGCUCCUCCAAAUGCAGAACCACCGAUGGUUCUCCUGGUCGGUGUAGGGAGCAACGAAUAUGUCGAGUGGGAAAUUGAAUCCGAUGAUAACGGACUACACAAGAUCUGUAUGCCUGGGGGUUCGAACAAGUACUGGACAGCGACAGGACUUAAUAAUCCGAUCGUACUAUCAGAACUCUCUGAAGACUUGCAACAGACAUGGAUACUCAAAAAGUUGUAG